AAAGAAAACAGUGACAUGAGGACAAGGUUCUCAGCCCUGCCCAGGGCUUCAUUGGGAUUGGGCCUUUUGUUGUGCUUCGGAGGCGGUGCUCGAGGAAUCCAAGUGACUGACACGCCCAAUCAACCCAAGGAUGAUCCAGGGUUCAUCCCUGACUUCUUCAAGCGAUUCCCAACCCUGCCUUUUAGUGAGAGAACCGUUCGAUCCACUCAAGCUGGAAAUCGCUUAGGUCCCUCCGAGAGCUCAAAGUCAUUCAAUGAAGCCAUGUCAAACUUUGCAUCCAGCUCUUACCCUGAACCAACGCCAGCAAUUAGACCGUCCCCUAGAACCGAAGUUACAGCGCCCAUGUCGCCAAGUAACAACCAAGGGAACACUUAUCAGUCACCCCCUAAAAUGGUGCGCAUCACGCAACCAAUGGUAUUCCUACCCCGCUACCCCCACGAAUCCAACUCUGAGCCAAAAAUGAUUCAUCGCCAGAGUCUGAAGACAAAUGAUGUGAGCACGGGAUUCGUGAUAUCAUCCCCUUUCAAGGGUACCAAGUUUGGGGAUGAAAGGGACCAGUUCAAUCCAUUUAUGAGGCAUGAAAGAAGCAGGUCUACCACAACUGCUGCCACUACCGCCACUAUCACAACAACAAUCCCCGUUUACAUACGAAGCACCACAUCGUCGGGUUAUGUGGAGCCACAAGAGUCCAGGAACCUGCCGUCAGGAACCCCGUUGUACCGAGAGGCUCUCAAUGGACGGGAAACUUAUGGCUCUCCAACUCCAUUAAUAACCGUUCAUGACCUGAAGACAGCGGACCCGUACUCAGCCCAAGAGCAAGAGCAUAAGAACUUCCUGGAUCAGGCUGAAAAUGAUAUAAUUAGUGGGAAAGGUCGACCUCAUUUAGAAUUCCCACCGUCACCCACCAAAGAGCCGCAAUAUGUUCCAAAUUACUUUAAAGAUCUACCAGAUUAUUCAGAGGAAGAUGAGGAGAAUGAUGAGUUCGAUGAAGGCCACAAUGAAGAAGGGAGAUUUAGAAGUGAACAAGACUACGAUCAAGGCCCUAAAGAUGCAUUUGGAGAUUUUAAAUUUGCGGACACCAGACCUACUCAAGAACAGCCUCAGGAACUCGGCGAUUUCACACAGUUUGGACCCACUCAAUCUGAAGAUGAAGGGGACAUUGGUCCACUAAAUUUUCACGCUGUUACAGAGAAGCCUUUUGGGGUAGGAGAACCAGACUUCAUGGACUACGACGACAAAGACGUACAAAACCAAAAGAAUCCUGGUGGAACGCAACCCUCUAGUCAUGCCAACCAUCUAUUUGGGGAUGUGUUUCCCGAUUUUUCGGAUGAAGGACCAUUGGGCCACUCAGCAGGCAGCGGUAGUGGGAACGGAGAUUAUGGGGAGGACUACCAUGGAUACAAUGGAGGGAACAAUCAAUAUGAUGGGGACUACCAAGGUAGCUUUAAUCCAACCUCUCCGCCACAUCCUACCAGCAUUGCAGCGAUUUUGAAAAGUCAAAACCAAGUCCCUCCUUUCCCUCCAAGUAUAAUACAAGGAGCCCCAGGGACAGGCCUUGGGCUUAACGGAGUAACACAUUUGGGUCCCAGGCAACAUGGGCACCAAGGCAAGGAGAGGCCAGAGGGGCCAAAUGGCGCGGAAUAUGAAGAUUCCGAUCCAAAUUCUGGGUUUGAUGACGGAGACUACUAUGAGAAAGCCCAUGACGAGGCCGCCCAGGAUUAUGAGGACAAUUUUGAUUAUGAUACUCCUCCCUCAGUUCCUGAAAUCAAGCAAGGUUUCAACCAAGGUAGACAUCCAGGGCCAGGACAAUUCAGAGACUUUCAAAGGGUGCGAAGGCGGAGACCAUUCCAUCACUAUCAAUUCAGAAAUCAACCAAGUGGCCCAAUUCCGAGGUUUAACCAGCAACAGAUUGGUAACAAGUUCCGCUCCCGUCCCUUGUUUGAUGUAACGCAGCUAGGAUUUGGUAACAUCAGGCCGAACCCAGCAUACCCCGAUCCCUUACCCAUUUCUCUUCCCGUUGAGCAACUCCCCCAAGCAAUCAGGGAACAACUAAAUUCAGGGCCAGGAUCCCACAGACAUCCAAGUCCUCCGGGAAUUGGAUUGAAUAAUGAUUACGCCAAUGGAGAGGACCCAGAAAACACUGACAAUGAGAAUUUCCACGGUAAUGAGGCAGACUUGAGUAAUGAUUUAAGCCUGUAUGGACCUCAAUUUGAUGAGAGUCUAUUGGAUGACCCUAAGCUAUACAAUAAACCCAACAGCUAUCAAGCCCAAGAGGGCCUUAGUCCUCAGUUCAGAGGUCUACCCAACCACUCCCCACCACGACACCCAGGCAGUCGAAUUAAGGGCAGAUUGGCCGGGCACAAACUCCGCCGACCAAUUGUUCUUCGUCAAGCCCAAAUUCGACUUCGACAAAAACAACGUGGCCCACACCUAAUUCGUAAUCGACGUCCCCGGCCACCCACUGGCAAUGUACCAAAUUAUGAUUACCACGAGGAGCAAGUCGAAGAGCAAGUAGGGUUUAACGACGAGUAUUCAGAUUACACCGAUGGUCCAGAGUUGAGGGAAUUGGCUAAUCUGGGACCUUCUGCAAACGAAUUUGACCUAUCAGAAACAGGUUUUGCUGAUCUCAGUGAGUUUGAAGACGAGGAGUCAGCUGAUCGGCCGAGACAACCCGCACCUAGUCCUCAGGCAAGAGAAGUACCGCAAUUUCCAGUACCGGAUAGACCCAACCUCUUAACGCACUGGAUUGCCGGAACCCCCACCCAUAUUCUGAUCAAGGAGGGGAAUGAACACAAACUUAAAAAGAUCAAAUGGAAGAAACACCCUCUGCCUGUUUUACGCCAUGGACCCCCUCAAUAUGUGCCAAGUGAGGCCCUUCGCCGUGGGAUCAAAAUUGCCCCACGUCAAAUUCAGCCUCAAGUCCAAUGAAUAAUGCAUAAAUGCCCGUGGGGUCGUGGUCAAUUAACAUACCAUUAAUAUUACUCCAAAUUGGAAUGUGAUUGGGAUCUGAAGCUCGAAUUGCUUUCAGGUAAAGCUACAGUGCGUAGAAAAAUAAAGUUUUGCUUGAUUA